AUGAAAAUUGCUUUCUUAAUUAUUUCAGUAAUAUCUUUAGUAAGUAUUUUUGCUGUAAGUACUUUUAGAACAAAUCAAAACCUAAAAGCAAAUGAACCUAUUUGCUAUGUUUCUAAUUUAGAUUUUGUUAAUACUGAGAUGACCAUAACUAAUACAUGUGAGUAAAACAUGACAUUCACAUUCUCUCAAAUCUUUGAUGGCUCAAAAGGAGAAUUCGAAUUCUAAACCUAAUGUCUAAAGAAUGGUGAAUCAGAAGUUAUUGAAAUUGUUGAUAAAAGCUAUGGUUCAUUCAGAAUAACAUCUAGCAGAGGAGAAAAAUGUUGA